AGCCUUGAUGAAUCUCAGAGUGUACCGUAGCUCAUCAGCAGCAACACACAACAUACAACCUUCCUUACUUUACUUAGUAGUUCGUUUUUUUUCCUCUUCACAUAACCUUAUACCUAGCUUUCUUUCUUUCCUGCUUUCUUCAUUCUAUCAUCUGUAUAUAGAAAAAGAAUUGCUUUAUUUCUCAGCAAAAACCCAGAACAUAACUUCUUUUUGCAAAAAAUGGAUAGGGUCAGAGACUUGGCAUCAACAAGGGCUGCCGUGAUCUUUACCAAGAGCUCAUGUUGCAUGUGUCAUAGCAUCAAGACACUUUUUUACGAACUUGGUGCAAGCCCUGCAAUUCAUGAGCUUGAUCGCGACGCCAAUGGGAGAGAAAUGGAAUGGGCUUUAAGAGGAUUGGGAUGUAGUCCUUCAGUUCCAGCUGUGUUCAUAGGUGGAAAAUAUGUAGGCUCAGCUAAAGAUGUUUUAUCCCUGCAUUUGGAUGGUUCAUUGAAGCAAAUGCUCAUAGAUGCAAGAGCUAUAUGGUUCUAGUAUUGAAACAAAACAGCAAUAAUACACUUCGUACUUAAGUUAUUGUAGUAGUAAUAUGAACAAGUAUUAGCUCUAAUACUGUAUGUGUUGAAAACAAUGCUGUAUUAAGGGCUUUGCUUUUCUUUUUUCUUUUUGUUUCUUCUGGUUUCUUGACUACAUUGUAUGCAAAAAAAAAGUGAAUUAAUCUAUCAAAAUGGACUAACAGGUUCCUAUA